AUGUUUGCUGCAGCAGGACCUUGUGCAAGCCCCAGCUUGUCCGACCUCCCUAUUGAUCUCCUCCUAAUCAUCCUGGAACGACUGGAGCUUCCUCAUGCACUUGCCUUCGCCGCAGUCUGCACCACAUGGAGUUCCGCCGCCACGGCUGCCGGUGUCCCGCGUUCUCGCACUCCAUGGAUCAUGUCAUGGGGCAACCACGUUGACAAAAGGCUGGACGAAAGGCGCCGCUCGGCGGUGACCUGCAACCUCUACCACCCUGGUGAUGCAGUUGACAAGAUCUACAGAGUCAGUUUUCCAAAGGGCUCCUUUGUUGCGUGCUACGGGGCCUCUCACGGCUGGCUGGUUUUGGCAAAUGACCUCUCCAAUCUCGUGCUCCACAACCCUGUCACACUGGCCAUGAUCCCCCUCCCACCGAUUACCGAUUUCGCCUGCGUGGAGGCGGUCUAUGGCAGCGAAGGAGGGAACUUGGAGAACUACCUUUUGGAAACAAACAGCAGGUUCGAAGCGUAUCGGUUAGGGAUAUGGUUCUACCAAAAGGCAGUGCUGUCUUGCAGUCCAUCCAGAGGCGGCGACUACGUCGUGAUGAUCAUCCACAACAACGGCGAGCGGCUUUCUUUUGCCAAGGCAGGCCAGAGCAGGUGGCAGGUGGCUUCAACUCUAAGCGGGGGAGACAGAUAUCUCGACUGUGCGUACCACAAGGGGAGGUUCCACGCCGUGACAUUGCACAGGAUGGUGGAGAAGUGGGAUCUUGAUGGAGCGAGCAACGGACCAACAAGGGAGGUGAUUUAUGCCGCAAGGCCCUACGGAGGAUUAGGAUGUAUCCUCACUCGGCAUCUAGUGUCGACGCCAUGGGGUGAUCUCCUGCAGGUUCGUGUGAUUCUCGCGCGUCACUACCCGGAUGGCAUCGCGUUCCAAAUCUGCAAGGUUGAUCCGGAUGGAUGCAAGGGGGUGGUGCAGGGGAAUGUUUUGAUGGAUCAUGCGCUAUUCCUCAGAUUGAAUCACUCCGCAUGCUUACCCACCCAGAAUUUGCCCGGGAUACGGCCUCACUGUAUAUAUUUCUCUGCCCCCGUGAUCAUACAUGCAUUCGAUUGGCUUCUUGGACUGCGUGUUUGGGGAGGUGUAAGGACGUACGACGUGAAAACAGGAAAAUUUGAGCGUACUGUUCCCUUUUGUGAUGUUAAAGAACAGAUCUACGGGUUAUUCCCGUCUGAGGUCUGGAUCACUCAGAAUUUGUAA